UGAUAGUUAUAAAUAAACAUAUAUCAUGUACAUAUAUAAUUGAGAAGUCUUGGUCUUUUCUGUUUAUUGGCGAAGUUCCCUGCGCCGCUUUCGUUUGUUGGAACAGGACAGCCGUGCAGAAUGUUUCGGAUACUCGUAAUUGGAAUUUUAUUUGUUUUGAGAGUGGAUGCAGACUUUUUGACUCAAGAAGGAAGCAGAGGAGCAACUUUGAAACCAAUAUCAGCAUGCUGCGAUAUUCCGGAACUUGGUGAUCCGAAGCCUCUGAGCGAAUGUUCGAAUCCUAAACUACCAGGGCCGUGCAACGACGUUCAAUGCGUGUUUGAAAAAUCCGGGUUCCUGACAGAUAAGCAAUCUCUGAACAAAGAGGCUUACCGAGCUCAUUUGAGGAAAUGGCUGGAGGGCCACAAGGAGUGGUCGGACGCCAUAGAGAAGGCCAUCAAGGACUGUGUGGACAGAGACCUGAGGCAGUACUUGGACUAUCCUUGCAGGGCGUACGACGUGUUUACUUGCACGGGAAUUGCUAUGUUAAAGAAAUGCCCUAAAGACUCGUGGAAAUGCUGAACACAACACUGUUUUGUACCUACCUACCUACUCUAUUGAAACUAUUUAUUUUGAAAUAAUGUAAAAUAAAAAGAGAAUAAAGAUGUAACAAUAAUUUUAUAUGUAUAUAAAAAAUUUCUAUAUUUCUGG